CGGGCGUGCGCGGGGGGCGCGGGGCGCGGGGCGCGGGCCUCGGCGGCGGCGGCGGCGGCGGAAGCCUGGUGCCCCCGCCCGCCCUGUCCUCUCCGAGAGGCGGAGGCACCGCGCGCGCCGGGCGCGUCGGAGCGGGCGCGGGGGGCGGCGGCGCGGGGGAGGCGCGGGGGGCGCGGAGCGAGCGCGGCCCGCGGGGCGCCGCCGAGCCGGCGCAGCGCGCGGACAGACGGACGCGCGGACCGGCCGACGCGCGCCGCGGCCCCUCCCUGCCGCCGCCCGCCCGCCCGGGGCGCCCACCUGGCCGGCGCCGGGCCCGGGCGCGAUGACAUCGACGGGGAAGGACGGCGGCGGGGCGCAGUAUGUGGGGCCCUACCGGCUGGAGAAGACGCUGGGCAAGGGGCAGACGGGCCUUGUGAAGCUGGGGAUUCACUGUGUCACGUGCCAGAAGGUGGCCAUCAAGAUCGUCAACCGGGAGAAACUCAGCGAGUCUGUGCUGAUGAAGGUGGAGCGGGAGAUCGCCAUCCUGAAGCUCAUUGAGCAUCCCCACGUUCUGAAGCUGCACGACGUGUACGAGAACAAAAAAUAUUUGUACCUGGUGCUGGAGCACGUGUCCGGAGGGGAGCUGUUCGAUUACCUGGUCAAGAAGGGGCGUCUCACCCCCAAGGAAGCCCGCAAGUUCUUCCGGCAGAUCAUCUCCGCCCUCGACUUCUGCCACAGCCACUCGAUAUGCCACAGAGACCUGAAGCCCGAGAACCUGCUGCUCGACGAGAAGAAUAACAUCCGCAUCGCCGACUUCGGCAUGGCCUCGCUGCAGGUCGGGGACAGCCUGCUGGAGACCAGCUGCGGGUCCCCCCACUACGCCUGCCCUGAGGUCAUCCGGGGGGAGAAGUAUGACGGCCGCAAGGCAGAUGUGUGGAGCUGCGGCGUCAUCCUCUUUGCCUUGCUGGUGGGGGCUCUGCCCUUCGAUGACGACAACCUGCGGCAGCUUCUGGAGAAGGUCAAGCGGGGCGUGUUCCACAUGCCGCACUUCAUCCCGCCCGACUGCCAGAGCUUGCUGCGCGGCAUGAUCGAGGUGGACGCCGCUCGGCGCCUCACGCUAGAGCACAUUCAGAAACACACAUGGUAUAUAGGGGGCAAGAACGAGCCGGAGCCAGAGCAGCCCGCCCCGCGCAAGGUGCAGAUCCGCUCACUGCCCAGCCUGGAGGACAUCGACCCCGACGUGCUGGACAGCAUGCACUCGCUCGGCUGCUUCCGUGACCGCAACAAGCUGCUGCAGGACCUGCUCUCUGAGGAGGAGAACCAGGAGAAGAUGAUCUACUUCCUCCUCCUGGACCGGAAGGAAAGGUACCCCAGCCACGAGGACGAGGACCUGCCUCCCCGGAAUGAAACAGACCCCCCUCGGAAGCGUGUGGACUCCCCGAUGCUGAACCGGCAUGGCAAACGGAGGCCUGAGCGCAAGUCCAUGGAGGUGCUGAGCGUGACUGAUGGCGGCUCCCCGGUGCCUGCACGCCGCGCCAUCGAGAUGGCCCAGCACAGCCAGAGUAAGACAUUGUUCAGUAAAAGCCUGGAUAUCGCUGAAGCCCACCCCCAAUUCAGCAAAGACGACAGGUCCAGAUCUAUCAGCGGCGCCUCCUCGGGCCUCUCCACCAGCCCCCUGACCAGCCCUCGGGUGACCCCUCAUCCCUCUCCGAGGGGCAGUCCCCUCCCCACUCCCAAGGGGACGCCGGUACACACGCCCAAGGACAGCCCAGCGGGCACGCCCACCCCCACACCCCCCUCCAGCCCCAGCGUCGGGGGUGUGCCCUGGAGGACGCGUCUCAACUCCAUCAAGAACAGCUUCCUGGGCUCCCCACGUUUCCACCGCCGGAAACUGCAAGUGCCGACGCCAGAGGAGAUGUCCAACCUGACGCCAGAGUCGUCUCCCGAGCUGGCCAAAAAGUCGUGGUUCGGCAACUUCAUCAGCCUGGAGAAGGAGGAGCAGAUUUUUGUGGUCAUCAAGGACAAGCCACUGAGCUCCAUCAAGGCGGACAUCGUGCAUGCCUUCCUGUCGAUCCCCAGCCUCGGCCACAGCGUCAUCUCGCAGACGAGCUUCCGGGCCGAGUACAAGGCGAGCGGGGGCCCCGCCGUGUUCCAGAAGCCGGUCAGGUUCCAGGUGGACAUCACGUACACGGAGGGCGGGGAGGCGCAGAAGGAGAACGGCAUCUACUCCGUCACCUUCACGCUGCUCUCAGGCCCGAGCCGCCGCUUCAAGAGGGUGGUGGAGACCAUCCAGACGCAGCUGCUGAGCUCGCACAGCCCGCCCGCCGCCCCGCACCUGUCAGACACCACUAACUGUAUGGAAAUGAUGACGGGGAGGCUUUCCAAAUGUGGCAGCCCAUUGGGUAACUUCUUUGACGUAAUUAAACAACUUUUUUCAGACGAGAAGAACGGGCAGGCGGCCCAGGCCCCCAGCACCCCCACCAAGCGGAGUGCCCAUGGCCAGCUCGGCGACUCCGCGGCCGCUGGCCCUGGCCCUGGAGGGGACGCCGAGUACCCAACGGGCACGGACACAGCUAGGACGGGGCCGCCCGCCGCCCGCCGCGAGCAGCCUUAGACGUGUAGCCCCCCAGCUCAGCCCCCGGCGCCGCCCUGCGUGGACUGGGCUGUGCGUCUGCCCGAGACGUGAAGCGGGGAGAAGGAAAGGGGGCCGCGCUUUCUCUCGCUGUCUGUCUCUGCCUGUCUGACGAACUCACUGUUUCCGCUCUGAUACCAGGAACUGCCCCGAAAAGCUAACAUGCCACUCCACGAGGCCAGCCUCUGUGCUCCGCGCCGGACACCAGCUGACCGAAGGCAGCUGCCAUGGACCCCUGCUGCUGCUGCCCGUGGCAGCGAGGCCUGCCCGCCUGCGUCCAGCUGCCAGUGGGCAGCUGCGCCCAGUCUCAGCACGCAUGGCCACAGGGAGCUCCCAGCUAGAGGAGACACCUCCUCCAGGCAGCCCGCCCGACUUCCGUGCUGCCUGCCCACAACAGGGCCGUGGCCCGGAAGCGGCCGCCCACAGAUUUCGCUGGGGCCCCGUCCACAGCACUUGCGCCCAACCACCACCGCACCCCAAGUCUGCAUCCUAUCACCAUUUGUUGGGGUUCUCAGUGCCCAGGCCUGGCCGCAGCGGACACAGACCUGGAGACCCAGCGCCCACCCCCCCGGCUGGCCGAGAUCAGUGUUAUUUAUUCGCUGUUUUAACUUAUCGAGGUUCUUCACUUCUCUGUUCAGGGAAGGGCAGCGCUGUC